CAAGUACAGCGCGGUAUAGCUAACUGAUUACCAAGCUUUGAACCUGCAUGUUCGAAUUUGUAGAAAUCUGCAACAUUACAUACGGACUCCCGUUCAUGCGAAUGUCGUUACUCUAUUUCAAGCUCAUAAGAUCAGUGCAGAAGAAGUUUGAAGGCAGGAAUUUGAACGCGAGUCAGCAGAACAAAGUACGUACGAAAGUAUUUUCAAGUGGAGGAAGCAGACUGGCGUUCGGUAGGAAAAUGUGGCACAGCUAAACUUGAGCGACG